AUGAACGCUGACUGCGAGCCGGGCCGAAUCGCUAAACAUCAGUUCCCGACCUCACCAACGCUCUUGUUGUUGAAUGGAAGCAAGUCCCUGCAGCAAUGUUCCCACACCCCCAGCCUCCACCGCCCCCCCCAGCCUCCCUCCACCGCCCCCCCCAGCCUCCCUCCACCGCCCCCCCCAGCCUCCCUCCACCGCCCCCCCCAGCCUCCCUCCACCGCCCCCAGCCUCCACCGCCCCCCAGCCUGCCACCCCCCAGCCUCCACCGCACCCCCAGCCUCCACCAACCCCCCAGCCUCCACCGCCCCCCCAGCCUCCACCAACCCCCAAGCCUGCCACCCCCACCCAACCUCCACCCCCCCAGCCCCCCAGCCUCCACCAACCCCCAAGCCUGCCCCCCACCCAACCUCCACCGCCCCCCACCCAGCCCCCCAGCCUCCACCAACCCCCAAGCCUGCCCCCCACCCAACCUCCACCGCCCCCCAGCCCCCCAGCCUCCACCCGCCCCCACCUACACAAUACAAAACAUGCUAUAAAAGGAAAUAA